GCGGGGCGGGGGCGCGGCGCCGCCAAUCCCAGACAAAGGCCGCCCCGUACAUCAUGUGGUGCCGGGAGGAAGUCGCCUGGUUGUCUUUCCUCCCGCAGCCGGACCCGGGCGGAGCGAUGCGCGGAGACCCCCGCGCGGACGGCCCACCCCGAUGAGGCCCGCGCCCCCGGCCGCGCCGCUGCGCCCCCGGCCCGAUGGCGGCCCCGCGCUGGGACCCGCUGCGCAACGACUCGCUGCCGCCCACGCUGACCCCGGCCGUGCCCCCCUACGUGAAGCUCGGCCUCACCGGCGUCUACACCGCCUUCUACUCGCUGCUCUUCGCGUUCAUCUACGCGCAGCUCUGGCUGGUGCUGCGCUACGGCCACAAGCGGCUCAGCUACCAGAGCGUCUUCCUCUUCCUCUGCCUCCUCUGGGCCUCGCUGCGCACCGUCCUCUUCUCCUUCUACUUCAGGGACUUCGUGGCGGCCAACGCGCUCGGCCCCUUCCUCUUCUGGCUGCUCUACUGCUGCCCCGUGUGCCUCCAGUUCUUCACGCUCACGCUCAUGAACUUGUACUUCACGCAGGUGAUUUUCAAGGCCAAGUCCAAGUACUCUCCAGAAUUACUCAAGUACCGGCUGCCCCUGUACCUGGCCUCGCUGCUCAUCAGCCUCGUGUUCCUGCUGGUGAACCUCACCUGCGCGGUGCUGGUGAAGACGGGGACCUGGGAGAGGAAGGCCAUCGUCUCCGUGCGCGUGGCCAUCAACGACACCCUCUUCGUGCUGUGCGCCGUCUCCCUGUCCGUCUGCCUCUACAAGAUCUCUAAGAUGUCCUUGGCCAACAUCUACUUGGAGUCCAGGGGCUCCUCCGUGUGCCAGGUGACCGCCGUGGGCGUGACCGUGGUCCUGCUGUACGCCUCCCGCGCCUGCUACAACCUGUUCAUCUUAUCCUUCUCUCAGAGCAAGAACGUGCAUUCCUUCGAUUACGACUGGUACAACGUGUCCGACCAGGCGGACCUGAAGAACCAGCUGGGAGAUGCGGGGUACGUGGUGUUCGGGGUGGUCCUCUUCGUGUGGGAGCUCCUGCCCACCACCCUGGUCGUGUACUUCUUCCGCGUCCGAAACCCGGCCAGGGACCUGACCAGUCCGGGCAUGGUCCCCAGCCACGGGUUCAGCCCCAGGUCCUACUUCUUCGACAACCCCCGGAGAUACGACAGCGACGACGACCUCGCCUGGAACGUCGCCCCUCAGGGACUGCAGGGAAGUUUCGCUCCCGACUACUACGACUGGGGACAGCAGACCAACAGCUUCCUGGCGCAAGCGGGGACUCUACCUCCGGAUUCGGCUGUGGAUCCUGACAAGCCACGCCAUGGGUAGCACCGGCUAACAGUGUUACGGACCGUUCCCCGGUGGAGAAGCUUGAGGAGAACGGACGGAACGAACGCCGAAUCUUUGGGACACUUUUCCUCACCAAGUAGGACGUGACUUUUAUUUGCCACAGGUUCCUCCCGGCUGCAUAGGGCUCAGCAGUAACGUAGAUCAACACAACCUGAUUUUAGUACUAAAAAAAGGGAGCCCCGGCUGCCUGUCUCCAGGGGUCUAAUUUAAACUUUAAAAAAUUCUGUACUUUUAUGAAAAUGUAUUUUAUAUAACUUAAAUAAUAAUGCUAAACUAUAUACUCGGGGGUUUGGAGAAGGUGACUGCAAUACAGUUUCUAGUUUGCACAGAC